AUAAUAAAAGUACGUUGAAAUCUACGGACGGUCGAAAAAGAUUCCACGAAUCAAAUUAUAUAUAGAUAGAUAAAUACAAAAAGGAAGACAAGAAAAGUUGUGGUUUUAAAUUUGGAAGUCGCAGUUUUUAAAGAUUAAUGGGUGCUCGUGCUGAAGUGUUAGCAGCGACGAAGGAAACCGUGCGAUGAUCGAUCGCAAUAACACUGAUACACAACGAUAAAUCUAUUUGUUUAAGCAGUUAUGUACAGUUACUUGGAGGCGAUCUUCAAGCCCGGGAAGAAGACGUCGACGACGUCGAGACCCGGGUCGAUCGUGACAUCGAGGCCGCUCUCGGAGACGGACUUGGCCAACUCGGAUGUGGAACCUGAGAUGGAACAGAAGCGCUACGAGGCGCGAAUCAACGCGAUGGACGACAAGGAACUUUGCACCAAGUUCGAAGAUCUCCUCAACGAUAUGAAUCUGAAUGGGGAGAAACGACAACCACUGGAUUCGUUCACUGCUGAUAUGAAGAGGCGGAUGCUGAUCAUGCAGUACAAGGGUGCGAACCAGGAGAGCAAGAGCAAAUUCGACAAACCGCAACAGUACAUUGAUUAUCUGGACAAUUACCUGAAGCCCGAACUGUUGAGUCCCCACAAGUUGUUCCAAUGCGUGGAAUCUCUGAGGAUAGCACUCACCAAUAAUCCGCUCUCGUGGGUCAACGAGUUCGGAUCGGAUGGUAUGGAGAUGCUCUUCAGGGUCAUUGAUACAAGCACAAAUCACAAACGCGACGGCACCACGAAAUUCGAUAAAGUCCAGGUGGAAUGUCUGAAAUGCAUCCUGAAGUUCAUGAACAACACGGAGGGAUUGAAAUCUUUCUUGCGCAGCGAUCACGGUCACAGGAUCAUCGCGAAUUGCAUCAACUGCAAGAGGCCGGCAGUGACCAUACUCGCUCUACAGAUCUUGGCUGCGCUUUGUUUCCUGGGUGAGGAUAACCCCAAGAAGAUUGUGGGAACGGACAGGGCUUUGGCGGCUGUGACGAUGCUCGGGGAGAGCAGAGAUUGCGAACGGUUCCGUCCCUUCACCGAUUGCAUCACGAAAUCCGAUAACGAGGAUCUGUGGGCCAACUGUUUGAAGUUCAUCAAUUCCCUACUUACCAUCGAGGAUUUCGAUUUUCGUCUGCAUCUGAGGAACGAGAUCGUGCGGAACGGUCUGCACGAUUACCUGGAGAAGCUGAAGAACUAUUCGAAUCCGGUGGUGAAGACGCAAAUGGACGUGUUCGAGAACUCGAAGGAGGAGGACGCGUACGAGCUGACGCAACGGUUCGAGAACGUCAAGUUCGAUAUGGAUGAUCUCAACGAUUGCUUCGAGAUGCUCAAGAACACGACGCUCGACACGUCCGCGGAACCGUUCUUCCUUAGUAUACUGCAGCAUCUGCUGUUCGUUCGGGAUGAUUACGUUAUUAGGCCUUUGUACUAUAAGAUUAUUGAGGAGUGCGUGACGCAGAUCGUGCUGCAUAAGUCGGGCUUGGAUCCGGAUUUCACGAAGAGGCAUCUCAAUAUUGUAGAUCUGCAGCCGCUGUUCGACGAGAUCCGGGACAAACCGUGCACGUACGAGGAUAGUAAAGUGGAGGAGAUCAAGAAGCAGCUGGAAGAGGCUCUGGCUGCUAAAGAAGAGGCCUUGGCGAAGCUCGCCAUAAUGGAGGGUCGUGGUGAAAACGGCGGCGGCGGUCAGACCGGGAAAUUGGAUCCGAACACGGUGAACGCCGUCAACAAGGUGCUCUCUCCUGUACCUCCGCCACCCGUACCAGGGAUGCCGCCGCCUCCACCGUUGCCCGGAAUGGGCGGUGGUCCUCCACCUCCGCCAAUGCCAGGUAUGGUCGGUCCUCCGCCACCGCCGAUGCCCGGAAUGGGUGGAGGACCGCCUCCACCUCCUUUGCCAGGAAUGGGCGGGGCACCGCCUCCUCCACCAAUGAUGGGUGGUGGUCCUCCGCCACCCCCGAUGAUGGGAAUGGGUCCACCGCCGAUCCCCGGCGCCGUCCCCUUACCAGGAAUGGGAAUGCCGGACGUCCUCCCUCACGGCCUCAAACCCAAGAAGAAAUGGGACGUGAGCGGCCCCCUGAAGAAGGCCAACUGGAAAACGAUCAUACCGCAGAAGAUGUCCGCAAAGUCGUUCUGGCUGAAAGUCAAGGAGGAGGAUCUGGCUUCCGUCGAUAUUCUGGACGGUCUGUCGACACGCUUCACCUCCAAACCGAUCACCAAGAAAUUCGACGACGUGGACAAAAACUCGAAUGUGGGUACGAUGAAGAAGGCCAAAGAACUGAAAGUCCUCGACGGUAAAUCCGCCCAGAACAUCAGCAUCCUGCUGGGAGGCAGCUUCAAGCAUCUCGCCUACGACGACAUCAAAAAGUGCCUGCUGAAAUGUGAUAACAAGAUCCUCACCGAAAGCGUUCUCGAGCAACUCAUUCAAUAUUUGCCACCGCCAGAUCAGUUGACGCAAUUCCAACAGUACAAAGAUUCGUACAACCAGCUGACGGGCGCAGAACAAUUCUGUUUGAAGAUGUCCGAGGUGAAACGACUGUUGCCACGCCUGAAAUCGUUGAAAUUCAGACAAAACUACACGGAGAUGGUGAGCGACGUGAAGCCGGACAUCGUUGCAGCGACAGCCGCAUGCGAGGAGGUCAAGAAGAGCAAGAAAUUUGCUAAACUGCUGGAGCUGAUCCUGCUGUUAGGCAACUACAUGAACACGGGCACGAGGAACGCUCAAGCAUUUGGCUUCGAAAUCAGUUUCUUAACGAAGUUGACCGGAACGAAAGACAUCAAUAACAAGCAAACGUUGCUGCAUUACAUCGUGGAAACGACGGAGAAAAAGUUCCCGGAGGUGCUGAACUUUGCUGACGAGAUGCAGCACAUCGACAGGGCCAGUCGUGUCUCUCUGGACACCAUCCAGAAGACGCUGGUGCAGAUGGACAGGGAUAUCAAGAACUUGGAGAUGGACAUCAAGAACAACAGGGAACCGCAGAACGAGGACGACCUCUUCGUCGAAGUGAUGGAUAAGUUCUCGAAGGAGGCGCGAGAGCAGUGCGACGUGAUACAGAAGAUGUUCAAGAAGAUGGAGACGCUCUACUCUGACCUCUCCGAGUAUUACGUCUUCGAUAAGCAGAAGUACACUCUGGAGGAGUUCUUCACCGAUCUGAAGACUUUCAAGGAUAACUUUAUGAAUGCGAAGAAAGACAACGAUCUAGAACGGGAACAGGAGGAGAAGAAUAGAAGGGCAAAGUUGGCACGAGAAAAGGCGGAUCGCGAAAAGCAGGAGAGGGAAGCGCGAAAGAAGGCCAUCGUCGACAUGAAUCCCUCAGAAACACAAGAAGGAGUCAUGGAUAGUUUACUGGAGGCUCUGCAAACAGGAAGCGCGUUCAGUCGAGAGCAGAAGAGGAAAAGGGCGCCGCGACUAGCAGGAGCCGAUAGAAGAGCAAAGUUAGUUCGGUCUAGAUCUAGAACCAAUGUCAUAGCAGGCCGAGAGCUAAGAGAAAUAAUGACGUGAGGAAUCUGGAUUCCGUAGUGUUUUUGUUUAUUUAAACUUUUUUUUAGUUAUUUAUAAAACUUCAACGAAAAAAAAA